GUAUGCCGAUUUUCGUUAUCUUCAUUUGGUAGAACCAAUUCGAUCGGCCAUCUUUUACCCCAGCUGAAAAAUCAAGUUGAUCCGGCUCGACAAAAUGCUGCGAACAGUAGUCGGGAGGUUAAAUUCCGUCGCCAGGGAUGCCGUUUUCCGCAGUGCUGGAAUCGGCUCUGUUAGGUGUAUGUCCAAGCAUUCGACCGAGACCGAUGCCGAAUUCGAUGCUCGCUACGAAGCCUUUUUCAACAGGGCAGACAUUGAUGGCUGGGAGAUCAGGAAGGCCAUGAAUGACCUGACUGGCAUGGACUUGGUACCUGAGCCAAAGAUCGUCACAGCUGCCCUGAAGGCUUGCCGACGAGUCAAUGAUUAUGCCCUGGCCGUGAGGUACUUGGAAGCUGUCAAGGAAAAGUGUGGUGGCAAGGUCAACGAAAUUUACCCAUAUGUUCUCAAGGAAAUCCGCCCUACACUUGAUGAGCUUGGCAUUAACACCCCUGAGGAGUUGGGUUAUGACAAACCUGAACUUGGUCUUACAAGUGUGUACGACAUGCACUAAUUUUGUCGUUAAUUAAUUUUAGUAGAAAAUAUCCCCUUAGUGUGAUAAUAUUUUGAUGACCUGUUUCAAUUCCAUCUAAACCUUAGAAACUUCAUCAAAUUUUUAAAAUUACAAGCCAGGGGUUCUGUGUACAGAGUUAUAAAAAAAAUAAAAAUUGUCAUCCCAUGCUA